CGCGCCGCACAAAGAGCCCAGGCCGGGUUAGACUUUCAAAGCAACAGCCUGAGAGUCCAGGUGUCCCGGGGUUCCGUGCCCCGUGCUCCGGCGGCUUCCAUGUGUGUUUCACGGCGAGCGCCUGGUCGGUGCGCCCACGUCGCCGCGUCCCCUCCAUUGUUGGUGUCCUGGGCUUAGGGGCUCGGAGGUGUAUCUGUGAAGAAACCAGUGGACUAAGAGAGGGAAGAGAGGAGCCCAGCUGUGAGGUGUGUACACCCAAGAACCAUGUCUACACGGGAGUCUUUUAACCCGGAAAGUUAUGAAUUGGAUAAGAGCUUCCGAUUAACAAGAUUUACUGAACUGAAGGGCACUGGCUGCAAAGUGCCCCAAGAUGUCCUGCAGAAAUUGCUGGAAUCCUUACAAGAAAACCACUUCCAAGAAGAUGAGCAGUUUCUGGGAGCAGUUAUGCCAAGGCUUGGAAACACAUUGCUGUAUUGGCAGCAUGCAGUGUUCCGCAUUGGGAUGGAUACUUGUGUCAUUCCUUUGAGGCAUGGUGGUCUUUCCUUGGUGCAAACCACAGAUUACAUUUAUCCUAUCGUCGAUGACCCUUACAUGAUGGGCAGGAUAGCAUGUGCCAAUGUACUCAGUGACCUUGUCACAGAAUGUGACAAUAUGCUGAUGCUCCUUGGAAUCAGUAAUAAAAUGACCGAUAGGGAAAGGGAUAAAGUGAUGCCCCUAAUUAUACAGGGUUUUAAAGAUGCAGCAGAGGAGGCAGGAACGUCUGACGGGGGACAAACAGUGUUAAACCCCUGGAUUGUUUUGGGAGGAGUGGCUACCACUGUCUGCCAGCCCAAUGAAUUCAUCAUGCCAGAUAACGCAGUGCCUGGGGAUGUGCUGGUUCUGACCAAGCCCCUGGGGACGCAAGGGGGGCGGGGGCUGGAGAGAAGUUUUCAGGAUUGUGGUAGUUUCCUUGUGGGAUUUGGAGAAAAGGGUUUUCAUUGCAUUCAGAUCACGUAUCUCUUUAAUCUAAGAUGUAUCUGCUCCUGGAGUAAGUGCCACUUUUUAUCCAUACAGGAAGCCCUUGAACAUGUUUUAACAUGUUUCAGGUCUAGCUCUUCUAAAUGUCACCAGCUUGUCUUCCCUGAAAAGUGGAAUAAAAUUAAACUAGUGGUCACUCAAGAAGAUGUGGAGUUGGCAUACCAGGAGGCGAUGAUGAAUAUGGCAAGGCUCAACAGAACAGCUGCUGGACUCAUGCACACGUUCAAUGCCCACGCUGCCACUGACAUCACUGGCUUUGGAAUUCUGGGCCACGCACAGAACCUGGCUAAGCAGCAGAGGAACGAGGUGUCCUUUGUGAUUCACAACCUCCCUGUCCUGGCCAAGAUGGCUGCUGUGAGCAAGGCCUGCGGAAACAUGUUUGGCCUCAUGCAUGGGACCUGCCCGGAGACAUCAGGAGGCCUUCUAAUCUGUUUACCACGUGAGCAAGCAGCUCGGUUCUGUGCAGAGAUAAAGUCUCCCAAAUAUGGUGAAGGUCACCAAGCAUGGAUUAUUGGGAUCGUAGAGAAGGGCAACCGUACAGCCAGAAUCAUAGACAAA